UAUGCUUUUGGAAUUCUAUUCCACUCUCUGCUCUCUCGCCAACUCAUUCCAACUCUCUCUCUCUCUCUCUCUCUCUCUCAAGUCUAAACUCAAAUGUACAAUUCUUACUCCGAAGCAUUUCCACGCAACUAAAGUCUCUCUCUCUCUCUCUCUCUCUCUGUAUAACGCACGCUUUUGAAGCUUUAAGAUUUGCUCCGGAAAGCGCUCUCUAGUGGCAAAGAUUGGACGCGAAGAUCCAGAGAUACUCGUUCGUAUAGGUAGAUGUUCAAAAGAGAUUUUGCUUUGCGGGGAGCUUCCUAGUGCGAGUGUCCUUGGUGCCUGAUUGAUCUGCUUGGGGAUGCACGGAUCCAGCUUCGCCUGUUAUUAGGAUUUGGUGAUAAGCUUCUCGCAGUGCUCAACAUGGCGUCAAAAUCCUUUAAGGUGAGUAGAUCCUCCCUGUCAACCACCUCGGACGUGUCAGAUUCACAACAUGGUAAGCCUCCCUUGCCUCCCACUGUGACAUUUGGCCGGAGAACUUCAUCGGGAAGAUAUAUUAGUUAUUCAAGGGAUGACCUUGACAGUGAACUUGGAAGUGGUGAUUUUGCAAACUACACAGUUCACAUACCACCAACACCUGACAACCAGCCAAUGGACUCAAUCUCUCAGAAGGUUGAAGAGCAAUAUGUAUCAAAUUCACUUUUUACUGGUGGAUUUAAUAGUGUUACGCGAGCUCAUCUAAUGGACAAGGUGAUAGAAUCAGAUGCAAAUCAUCCCCAAAUGGCUGGUGCAAAAGGAUCUUCAUGUGCUAUUCCUGGAUGCGAUGCUAAGGUGAUGAGUGAUGAAAGGGGUGUUGAUAUUCUCCCCUGUGAAUGUGAUUUCAAGAUAUGCAGAGAUUGUUAUCUAGACGCAGUUAAAACUGAUGGCAUUUGCCCAGGGUGUAAAGAGCAAUACAAGACAAUGGACUUGGAUGAAGUGGUGGAGAAUGGGAGGCCACUUCCACUUCCACCGCCAACUGAGAUGUCAAAAAUGCAAAGAAGGCUGUCACUGAUGAAAUCAACAAAAUCAGUGCUGAUGAGGAGCCAGACUGGAGACUUUGAUCACAAUCGAUGGCUCUUUGAAUCUAGGGGAACCUAUGGAUAUGGCAAUGCUAUAUGGCCAAAGGGUGGAGGAUUAGGGAAUGGAAAAGAUGAUGAGGCUGUUGAGCCUUCAGAACUAAUGAACAAACCAUGGAGGCCACUAACACGAAAAUUAAUCAUAUCAGCUGCUGUUAUCAGUCCCUAUCGGCUUCUGAUUUUUGUCCGAUUGGUUGUUCUUGGGCUUUUCUUGGCAUGGAGGGUCAAUCACCCAAACAAUGAUGCAAUCUGGCUGUGGGGGAUGUCUGUAGUUUGUGAAAUAUGGUUUGCUUUCUCUUGGAUUCUUGACCAACUGCCCAAGCUAUGCCCUGUAAAUCGUGCUACAGAUCUCAAUGUCUUAAGAGAUAAGUUUGAAAUGCCUAGCCCCAAUAACCCUACUGGAAAAUCUGAUCUACCAGGUGUAGAUAUCUUUGUAUCUACUGCAGACCCAGAGAAAGAACCCCCUCUUGUCACAGCAAACACCAUAUUGUCUAUUCUAGCUGCUGAUUACCCAGUUGAGAAGCUUUCUUGCUAUGUCUCUGAUGAUGGAGGUGCUCUUUUAACAUUUGAGGCCAUGGCAGAAGCAGCAAGCUUCGCUAAUACAUGGGUUCCAUUUUGCCGCAAACACAACAUUGAGCCUAGAAACCCCGAGUCUUAUUUCAAUUUGAAGAAGGAUCCUUACAAGAACAAGGUCAAGACCGACUUUGUCAAAGACCGUAGACGGGUAAAACGUGAAUAUGAUGAGUUUAAGGUGCGUAUCAAUAGCCUGCCUGACUCAAUCCGCCGGCGCUCUGAUGCCUAUCAUGCUCGAGAGGAAAUAAAGGCCAUGAAGCAACAGAGACAGAACACACAUGAUGAACCUGUGGAGAUUGUGAAGAUCCCAAAAGCCACUUGGAUGGCUGAUGGAACACAUUGGCCGGGAACUUGGUUGACUCCUGCACCAGAUCACUCCAAAGGUGAUCAUGCUGGAAUAAUACAGGUGAUGCUGAAACCUCCUAGCGAUGAACCGCUACAGGGUACCGCUGAUGAUACCAGGUUAAUUGACCUGAGUGAUGUUGAUAUCCGUCUUCCAAUGCUUGUUUAUGUUUCUCGUGAGAAGCGUCCUGGCUAUGAUCACAACAAGAAAGCUGGAGCCAUGAAUGCCUUGGUUCGUGCUUCUGCAAUAAUGUCUAACGGCCCCUUUAUUCUCAAUCUUGAUUGCGACCACUACAUUUACAACUCCCAGGCUCUGAAAGAAGGCAUGUGUUUCAUGAUGGAUAGAGGUGGGGAUCGCAUUUGCUAUGUCCAAUUCCCUCAGAGGUUUGAGGGUAUUGAUCCAAACGAUCGAUAUGCCAAUCACAACACUGUCUUCUUUGAUGGCAACAUGCGGGCCCUUGACGGACUCCAGGGUCCAGUUUAUGUUGGAACUGGAUGCCUCUUUCGAAGGAUUGCCCUUUAUGGCUUUGACCCACCUAGAUCUAAAGAUCAUCCUGGUUGCUGUAGUUGUUGCUUUCCUCACCGCAGAAAGCAUGCCACAGCUGCAAGCCUAGAAGAGAACCGUGCCCUCAGAAUGGGUGAUUCCGAUGAUGAAGAGAUGAUGAACCUUUCCGGAGCUCCUAAGAAGUUUGGAAACUCCACUUUCCUCAUCGAUUCUAUCCCUGUGGCCGAGUUCCAAGGCCGGCCCCUUGCAGAUCACCCAGCUGUAAAGAAUGGGCGGCCUCCUGGUGCUUGUACCAUCCCACGAGAGCUUCUUGAUGCAUCCUCCGUGGCAGAGGCUAUCAGUGUCAUAUCAUGUUGGUAUGAGGACAAGACUGAGUGGGGACAGCGAAUUGGAUGGAUUUAUGGUUCCGUUACUGAAGAUGUGGUCACAGGAUAUAGGAUGCACAACAGAGGAUGGAAAUCAGUUUACUGUGUGACCAAACGUGAUGCCUUCCGUGGAACUGCCCCUAUCAAUCUUACAGAUAGGCUCCAUCAGGUCCUUCGUUGGGCUACCGGUUCUGUUGAAAUAUUUUUCUCACGUAACAAUGCCCUCUUGGCAAGCUCAAAAAUGAAGUUUUUGCAGAGGAUUGCAUACCUUAAUGUUGGAAUCUACCCCUUUACCUCUAUCUUCCUAAUUGUCUAUUGCUUUCUCCCGGCCUUAUCCCUCUUCUCUGGCCAGUUUAUUGUCCAAACCCUCAAUGUGACUUUCCUUGUCUACCUCCUUACCAUCACUGUUACACUUUGCUUGCUUGCUGUGCUUGAGGUCAAGUGGUCAGGGAUCGAGCUUGAGGAAUGGUGGAGGAAUGAACAGUUCUGGUUGAUUGGAGGCACCAGUGCCCACCUGGCUGCAGUGCUUCAAGGGCUUCUGAAAGUCAUUGCAGGAAUUGAGAUCUCUUUUACCCUGACAUCAAAAUCAGCCUGUGACGACGACGACGACGAGUUUGGUGAUCUCUACAUCGUCAAAUGGACAUCCCUCAUGAUCCCACCAAUAACAAUUAUGAUGACAAACUUGAUUGCAAUAGCAGUGGGAGUUAGUCGGACAAUUUAUAGUGCUAUACCACAAUGGAGCCGCCUAUUAGGGGGAGUUUUCUUUAGUUUUUGGGUUCUGGCGCAUCUCUUCCCAUUUGCGAAAGGGCUUAUGGGAAGAAGGGGAAGGACUCCAACCAUUGUUUUUGUUUGGUCAGGACUUCUUGCUAUCACCAUAUCCCUCCUUUGGGUGGCAAUCAAUCCCCCAGCCGGCACCGACCAGAUCGGAGGCUCAUUCCAGUUUCCCUGAUAAGGCAUUUUUCUUAGUGAAUGAGUUUAGCAAUAUUCCUUCGUUGUUUUUUUUUUCUUUUUCUUUUUUGAACAGUUUAUUAUGCCGAGUGAAGACAGUAGGGAUGUUUAAUUCCUUAUUUUUUCAUUUUGUUUGA